AUGUGCUCGUGUACAGCACGCUUUCCCCGGUCUGUGGCAAUCAUGAAUCGGGAAGAACACUAUUACCCUCCUAACCACCUGUACAAGGACUCUUGCGCCUUCCAGAGACACCCCAACGAAGACUACAGCCAAAACCCUCCACCGUGUCUGUAUAUGAGUAGACAGACUCAGUCCGUCUACGCCUCACCGCCCUUGGGCGGCCAGGACCAGCCAAAUCUUACCGACAUUACUUCUUAUAACAUGUCGAGCCGGGAUGAUCUGGCUGGGCCUCAUGUUCACCUUCCACAGACUCCACAGACAUCUCUACAGACGCUCGGCGGUUACGGAGACUCUCUUGACCUGUGCGGGGAUCGGAACAGAUAUCAUUUGCCGUUCCCGUGGAUGAAGUCAACGAAAUCUCACACGCAUGCCUGGAAAGGACAGUGGACAGGCUCUUACAUGGUCGAAGCGGAGGAAAACAAGCGCACACGGACGGCUUACACCAGAGCGCAGCUGCUCGAACUUGAGAAAGAGUUUCUCUUCAACAAAUACAUCUCACGCCCACGCCGUGUGGAGCUGGCGCUCACCCUCAGCCUCACCGAGAGACACAUCAAGAUCUGGUUCCAAAACCGACGCAUGAAGUGGAAAAAGGAGGAGGACAAGAGGAGAGCCAGAGGAGUGGAUCCCGAACAGGAUUCCUCCAUCACGUCCGGAGAUCUUAAGGAUGAGUCGUGUGUCGCUCCAGGAACUCUAACGGGACCCCCCUCACCCCUGCACUCUCAUGUGCCUCCUGUCCCACAAGACUCGUAAAACAAACACUGUCCAAAAGAGACGUGUGUCAUCAGCACGAUCUAUCAGCCUGCCAUCUACGAUUGGAACUAUAAGCGUGCCACAUUGUCUCAUUCUGACAAUCACAACAGUCAAAUCCUGUAAAUCUGUACAGUACAACUAAAAGAUUGACAGUAGGGGGCGAUCUCAGUUGUGUGAGAGGCGAAGCUUCCGUGGAGUCAUUUUUUGGGGAGGUGUUUUUGUGUAAUAGAAAUUCAUGACGUCAUUGAAACAAAUGUUCGCUAUCAAAUAUAUAACUAUAAUUGAUAUGUAUUCGUAUUUAUAGAUAGACCAUGAAUAGUCAGAUACAAAUGAAUUUAUUUCUUAUGAAUUUCUUUCAGUAACAUUCAUACUAUUUAUGCAGCUACUACUAAACAAAUUAAAAGCAUGUGUGCAGUGUGGCGUCAUGUUAUUUGUUUUAAUUUAGUGCAAAUUAGUAAAACAAAGCAACCCAUAAAGGACAAUCCAACUUAUUCUAAAAAAGCAGAAGUAAUAUGGGCGAGACUUCCGGUUCAUUAGCCGUUAUAGGGAAAUAACGAGAAGAAACAACGUGCAGUAAAAAAAGUAAAACUGCACUACAAACCAGUGUGCUUAUAAUUAAGAUAAACACAUUUAAAAUAAUAUGGAAAGACACGUCUAUUUGCAAUAUCAAGCAGCAAAAUGAACUGAUUUUUUACAGCUAAAAAUAGCUGGACUUGGAUGAGACUGGAAGCCAGACCCAUAAUAUUUACAAAUGGCCGCACCCACUCUUACAGGAAA